GUACACCUUCCCUUGAGUACCGUCAAAGAGAUUAUUUGAGUAGAAAAUUUCAGUGUAUGAGAAACCAAACGCAAUUGUUUCCAGUUUCCAGCCUGUCUCAACUGCGCAUGCGCAACUUCGCGAUAGUUUCGAUCGUUGUUGAUGUAACAUGGCUUAUGAAGUUGGCAGUUUAUCAAGUCUAAUUUCUGGAAUAAAAGAAAAUAGAAAUAAAAAGAUUAUUUUUCAAAAGAAAAUUAUAAAACAACAGCAGUUUCCAUUAACUGAGAAAACAUCACAAAACAAAAGCAAAACAUCCAGCUAUGAAAAUAUUAAAAUAAAGUCAAAAGUACACAGAACAGAAAAUAGUACUGCAGAAAUAUCAGAUGCAGAUGCUACAGAUCAUGUUAGUUUAACACCUGACCUUAAUGAUAGCGGAAAUGUGAGCAAUAAUGCCUUUAAUGCACUGAAACGUAUACGAUUAAAGCAGAAUAAUGGAAAACCUACCCGCGACACAGAGCAAGAAGAAAGAACAAUUUUUGUGAAAAACCUUCCACACACUUUAAAUAAAAAGAAGAUAAAGAAAAUCUUUAAAGAAUUUGGUGAAAUUGAAUCAAUAAGGUUAAGAUGUGCUGCUGUAGAGGACAUAAAAAUCUCAAAGAAAUUUGCUGUAAUCAAGAACAAAUUUCAUGCUGAGAGAUCAACUAUUUCAGCAUUUGUUCGCUUUAAACUUAAAGAAGAUGCAUUAUCUGCACUAGCUGCAAAUGGAACACUUGUUGAAGAUCAUCACAUCUUUGUGGAUGAAGCCUUGAACUCAAAUAAGCAUGAUCAAAAGAGAUCUGUUUUCUUAGGAAAUGUUCCAUUCUCAACUGAAGAAGAAGAAAUUUGGAGAAUAUUUGAGAAAUGUGGUAGGAUACUGGACAUCAGAAUUGUAAGAGACAUGAAAACUGGUAUUGGGAAAGGAUUUGCUUAUGUCACCUUUGAGAGUGCAGAUGCAGUGGAACUGGCAUUAAAUCUUCAUGGAACAUCACUCAAAGACAGGCCACUACGUGUAUCAAGAGUCAUUCGAAAGAAGAAAUUUGGAGUUAAUAACCGCAGUAACAAAAUGAACUGUCAUUCUGCCAGAAAAUCUGGACAAAAUCCUCAUUUCAAAGAUAUUGUCAGAAUGAAAGCUGCAAAGAGGAAGGAGCACAGCAGUAAAGAAAGUAACAUUCCAGACAGAAAAUUUUCUGAACAUACAUCAGAUAAAACAGUGAAACCAAAACAGAAAAGGUUGCCUUUCCAAGGGCAAAAGAGUCUUGAUAGGAAGCAGAAGAAAAAACAGAAAAUAAAUAAAACUGAACAGAAGAAAAAGAUUAUAGCCCUGAAAUUGAAGCAUAAGGCCAAAUCUGCAAAUGAGAAGACCAAGAAAAUAAAACAUUCUGUUUAGUAGUGUAGUUUCGUGUAUGUAAUGUAUAAUACUGAAUAAAGUUAUGCUACUGUCAGAAAAA